AUGGAAACCAUUAUACAUAUGAUAAAGUUCCACACUCCUAGAGGCCCCAUCACAAAACAUAAUCUACCCAAAGGGGGAGAAAUAAUCCGAGGGAGGAAGAUGAUUGGACACUUGAGUGAAUCCCUUAGUUUCCUUGUAAUCAUACAACGGGGUCGAGUCAACCGCUCUGAAGAACUUAGGAAAUUUGUCCGGGAGAACUUAAUAACACGAUCCCUGAUUGUCCAACGUUAA